CAAAUGGAAAGUAGCAGAGGGAGUACAAAGUAGCAGGGCGAGUACAAAACCCUCUUCUCGUCUCUUCACUCUUCCUUUCUCCCUCCCUCCCUCUCUCUUAACAUAAACUUCCAUUUUUUUUUUCAUUUCAGACCAAACAACCCCUUCAUUUUUAUCACUCAUUCAUCUCUGCUCUGUUUCCUCUGUGAUUGUUUUAAUAGGAUGAAAGUGCUGUUAGGUCUGUCUUUAACGGGUGUUUUUGGAGGUGUAGUGGUUAAGGCAGCAACUGAAAGUAGUGCUACGACAAGGAAGCUUGAUCAAACACCAACAUGGGCUGUUGCUAGUAUUUGUGCUGUUAUUAUCAUCAUUUCUAUUCUCUUGGAAAAGUUUCUUCACAAAGUUGGAACAUGGUUUACAGAAAAGCACAAGCAAGCUUUGUUUGAAGCCUUGGAGAAGGUUAAAGCUGAGCUGAUGAUUCUAGGGUUCAUUUCACUGCUCCUGACUUUUGGGCAGUAUCACAUUGCAAAAAUCUGUGUUCCCCAAGAUGUUGUAGGCACCAUGUUGCCUUGUAAGAAAGAAGGUGUAACUGAUAAAAGUAGUAGCACCAAAGGGGAAGAGGAACCUCGACGGAGACUUUUGUGGUUUGAUCGUAGAUUUCUAGCUGGUGCUAAGAGCGCAGUAAAUUGCAAGGAUGGGUAUGAACAACUCAUAUCUGUUGAUGGGUUGCAUCAAUUACACAUCCUCAUAUUCUUUUUAGCAUGCUUUCAUGUGUUAUUUAGUGUUAUUACAAUGACACUUGGGAGACUAAAGACUCGCGCCUGGAAACGGUGGGAGCUGGAGACUUUGUCCCAUGAUUAUGAGUUCUCAAAUGAUCCUUCAAGAUUCAGGCUUACUCACGAGACAUCUUUUGUGAGAUCACACACCAGUUUCUGGACUAGAAUUCCUUUCUUCUUUUAUGUUGGAUGCUUUAUCCGACAAUUUUUUAUAUCUGUUAGCAGGUCUGACUACUUGACAUUGCGCAAUGGAUUCAUCACAGUCCAUUUAGCUCCUGGAAGUAAGUUUAACUUCCAAAAAUACAUCAAAAGGUCAUUGGAAGAUGACUUCAAGAUAGUUGUGGGAGUAAGUCCUGUUCUGUGGGCAUCCUUUGUUAUUUUCUUGCUUCUGAAUGUUAAUGGAUUGCAGGCUUUGUUCUGGGCUUCUAUAAUACCUGUGAUUAUUAUCCUAGCAGUUGGCACAAAACUUCAGGCCAUUUUGACAAUGAUGGCUCUUGAAAUCACUGACAGACAUGCAGUGGUCCAAGGGAUGCCUCUUGUUCAAGGCUCAGACAAAUACUUCUGGUUUGGUCGGCCUCAGUUACUUCUUCAUCUUAUCCAUUUUGCUUUGUUUCAGAAUGCAUUCCAGAUAACAUAUUUCCUCUGGAUAUGGUAUUCAUUUGGGUUGAACUCUUGUUUCCAUGCCAAUUUUGAUCUUGUUAUAGCCAAAGUUGCUUUGGGGGUUGGAGCUCUAAUUCUGUGCAGUUACAUCACACUUCCUCUAUAUGCCCUUGUAACUCAGAUGGGUUCGCGUAUGAAGAAAUCAGUCUUCGACGAGCAAACAUCCAAGGCUCUGAAGAAGUGGCACAUGCUUGUGAAGAAGAGGCAUGCGAAAGGAGGAAAGACUCCUUCUCAGACGCUGGGAAGUGUAAGCCCAAGCGUGUCUUCUAUCUCUUCCACACACGCAUUGCAACGAUUCAAAACAACCGGGCACUCGACGCGGUCAUCAUACACUUACGAUGAUCAAGUCGAGUCCGAUUUAGAAGCUGAGGCAUUGUCACCCACAACAGCAACAACCAGUUUUAUUGUGAGAGUGGAUGAUGAUGAUGAUGAUGAUGUUACGGAAAUUGAUGUGCCGCACCAAGAAGAGGAAACCAGAAAUGACGACGAUUUCUCUUUUGCCAAGCCUGCCCCGCCAAAAGAACCAUAGUUUGCAUAAACUGCUGCAUCAUCUUCUUGUACAUUAGUUUACGAAAGAUCAUUGUAGAUUCAGAUAGCGAAAUACAAUAUAGAAUUUAUAAAUUUUUGUGUGUAUAUUUACACUCUUUUCAAAAAUCUUUCUGGUUUUAAAUCUAUAAUAUAUCUUUUUCAUAGAACCUUUAA